GUCAGGCACAAACCAAAUAAUGGCGGCGGCGAUGGAAACGGUAACUUUACGAGCAAAUAGCAAAAGAUGGAUCACAACUACAUUAGAGCCCAAAAUAGGCUGCCUGGUUUCCAGGUAAUAGAAAUGCGAUCUGGACCUGACCACUCCUAUGUCAGACACAAAGACUCUACCCCUCAGAAACGGGGAAGUAAACGAAACUUAUCGACUCCAACAGGAAAGACACCUAAACAUGAAAAUAAACAGAUUGAACUGGAUGAACGAAUCAAGCAUAAUAGAUGGUCGGCUGAUGAGAAGUCUUUCUUGAGGGAAUACAGCCAGGCGUCAACAAGAGGAGAAUCUGAAAAUAGUUUCUGGAACAAUUGUGCGACAGCCAUGAACAAGAAGUUUGGUGGAAAAAACAGAACAGACAAAGAGCAAGUGUGCUGAGACGUUAAAUACUGCUGCACUGAGACGUCUAAGGACCUAUUCAGAGCUAAAGGAAGAGGACAUACAUGAGAUCAUAAAAAAAUUAUGUUCCAGCUCUUCACAUGAAGUUGCAGCCCACCUGUUGUCGUCACCCUUGCGAGGAAGUAUUAUUGUGGAACUUCUGAAUGAAAUUGAAUUUGCAGCAAAAGAAUGCUGCAACAAGGAAAGUGUUUUGGCCCAAAAGGAAUUCUGUGACUUGACUGAUUUUAACUGGCAUGAACUCAUUGGUGAACUUCUUGAACAACAACCAUUGCUAGCUGAUGUUCUCUUGGCAGUGUCACUACCAACAUCAAAAAUAGGGAAUACCAACAGUGUUCAUAAACUUAUACCAGUUUUAUCAACUGUGUUUGGAAUGCUGAUGAAAACCAGAUACCAAGAGCUGUCUUUAGUUCAGAAGAUCAUUGCAAUGACUUUGGCUAAUGAACAGACAAGCCAAAAAGUAAAUUGUGUUACAACUAUGUUUUGUUGCCUUCAGACAUUGUGUUAAGAGCCCAAUGCCACAAACUAUUGACUAAUCAAAAAAUUGGAUUGAAUAAACUAGAAAAAAAUGUCUCUUAAAUGGACAUUCCCCUUUAUCUGGUAUAAAUCAGUGAAGUAUUUAAUAAGAUACGUCUUAAAACAUU